AUGAGUCACCAAGAUAUGAUAUGGGCAUUCCAUGGAGCCCAUUAUGACGAUACUCACCAUUUUAAGAAUCAAUAUGACUUCCCACAAACGGACAUCACAUCUCCGCUUACUCCGAAUCUCAGCUCACCUUUGACACCACAUCCAUUUGGUCCGAUCCCAGGGAUUCCAACCAAUCAACUCUACAACCGUUCACCAUUUCCUGACUUUUACACAGCAACCACUUCGACGCCUAUGGUCCAAUACAAUACUGGAAAGAAGUCGGCGGCUGGAAGAAAACCAAAGGAGGAGGAUAACAUGGACGACGACGACGAUGAUAAGAAGCUGAAGCGACGUCAACGAAAUAAGGAAGCGGCAGCGAGAUGUCGACAAAGAAGGAUCGAUCUGAUGAAGGAACUUCAAGAUCAAGUAAACGGAUUCAAACAUCUCAACGACAAAAAGACAUCAGACAUUAACGAUCUUCGUAAUAAGUUGAACAGUCUCAAAAGCUAUCUGGAGAACCACGAUUGCAAAUUGAGUCCAGAAGAGCGUUUGAACCAUCUCCGUCAUUUAGCGAUUCCUCCACCAGCACAACCACUACCGCCAAUUCAUCAGACUCAACAACUCCAUCAUCAAUUAAGAGUCCAACCUCCACGUGCCGACUCUGUACCGUAUUCCGUCAAAUCCAGCCACUCAUCGUCAUCUUCUGAACAACACUCACCAAUCGAAGACUACAAACCGUCGAUCGAUCAGUUGUUCCUUCCACCAAUCUCCAGUAUUCAAAAGGAUCGUAGCAACCACAACUCAAUGCCACCACCACCUUUGCCAGCAAGCACGAGCUCCGCGGGAAUGCAAAUAAUCACAUCCAUUCCGAUUUCGCAUGCAGGGCAAAUGAGGCAUUCGAACGCGGGUCCGAUCCCAAUGAGUCGAUCUGAAAACAUUUUCGCUGAGCCAGAGCUUAAGAUUCCAAAAAUCGAGUUGAUGGAUCGUACUCUCACCUCGUUGGCCACUGACGACGUUGAACGUCCGUCAGCACUUCCGAUGCUUUCAAGAACUCCAGUGAACCAUCCAAUCAAUACGCCAAGCAGAUAUCAGCAAACACCACAAAAUGGACAAGGCAGCCUAUUCAUGGGAGGAGAUGGAAUUGGCGAUUUCCUUGCUACAAACACUGGAUUAACACCAUCUGGCCAGCCAACAAUGAACUUUGUUUCAACUCCAACACCAAUUCAAUCACUUCCGGAUGCUGAUCUCCGCCCACUCUAG